AUGUCGCCGAGUCUUCCUUCAUUCUUCGUCGCGCUCGCGCUGUCUCUGAUUUUGGCGCCGACGUCUCUGGCGCAGAGGAAGUCGCUACCUUACAACUUUACGCUGGCUGCUGUGAACACGACACUCCCCAAUACUAACGGAACCGGCGUGCCUCUUGUUCUCGGAUCGGCAGGUGCAGUACCCGGCGCCUCCUUCUACAUCACGUCGUUGCGAGCGUAUGACAGGUAUGGCAAUUGGCACACCAACGCGACGGCGCUGAGUUCGGGGAACGAAAUGGGCUGGCUGUCGACGACGUUGGGCGGCUCGGAAUCAGAUCAGUUUACGGCCCUUCACGCCACCCGCCAUCACCGCUACGCCUCCCUCGCCGUGCGCGCCUCCGACUCGCCCUCCCGGCACGGCACCGACGCCCUCUGGUCCCUCUGCCCUAGCACGCAGUUCCGCGGGAAGAACGAGGUCGUGUACAAUGUAUCGGCGACGUACCAGUACUACCCCUUCAACGUGAGCGACUGCUAUAAGGUGACGCUGCAGAUUGUACCGCUACGUUGGUGGGGGGAUGAUGCGGAGGUGGUUGACGGGGCGGAUGGGGCGGACGGUGAUGAAGGGGAUGCUGAUGGGGCGGAGGAUGUCGACGGGGGUGACGGGGAUGAUGGGGCUGGAGAUGGGACUGGCGCCGUCGAUGGAGAUGCCGCGAGUGCGAACUCGACCGCCUCAGCGAUCGCGCUUCCGAGUCUGUACCUCUUCUGGAACGACUUCAUCUGCACUACUGAACCCGCCCUCGUCAAAUCUCAGCAAAAUGCCCCUAUUACCGGCUCCCUGCUGUGCGACACGUUUUGUUACCUCAUCUGCAUCAACGUCAAACGGAGUAGCGCAUCCCGAUAUAACAUGCCAAUCACGUUUGUGUUCAGGGAACCUCGAACUGCGAAGUUGGCGGCGACGAGUCCUUUCGCGCGCAAGGUUAUGGACAGCCUCUUUCUCGCGCUCGCGGUCUUCAUGGCCGUGAUCCCGGCUUCGUUCGCUCAAUUGAAGACGCUACCCUACAACUUCACGCUCGCCGCCCUGAACACGACCCUCCCGAACGCCAACGACACCGGUGUGCCUCUUGUGGUUGGUAGCCAGGGCGGGAUUCAUGGGGCAACAUUCUACACGACGAGGACGUGGGCAUCGAACGGCUGGCCGAGCCAGUUCCCGAGUCUCGGAUUAGUCAACGGGGUGUUGCGCGCCUACAACGCAGACGGAACAUGGAACACCAACGCGUCGAUGGUCAUGUCAGGGAGAUCGAUGGACUGGGUGCAGAGUGGGGAAAGCUGGUACCCCGACUUGGAUCAGUAUACUGCCCUGCGCGCUAGCUCACAGAAGACCCUUGCAGCGAAGCACCACAAGUACGCAUCGCUUGCAGCGCACGGGCACGAUGACCUGUGGACGCUCUGCCCGUCUGAAUACGAUAAUCACGUCGAAUACAAUAUCACGACGGACACCAUUUACGGCGUCAUAGCCAAGGAUUGCUACAAGGUGAUCUUGCAGAUCGUACCUGUACACCAUUGA